AUGUAUCUUGACAAAGACCAAACACUCAAGCAAUCUCUACUUCAAACAAAUGAAAAGUAAAUUCUUACUGAUAAAGAUUCACCUCCAUAUCAAUGGGUUAUUGAUAAAUUUAAGGAGUUAGAUUAUCAUGAAUAUGAUAGUUAACAAAUGAAAGAGCCUAUUCAAUUUGAGCAAGCUAUAGAAAAACUGCAUUGUACUGCAUUCUUCUUCAAGAAAAAUCAGUUCAUGAUAGUUUAUGGAUUUGAAAGCUCUGAGGGGGAAAAAACUAAAUUUGAGUUUAGGGAUAUAGACUCUGGGAAAUUGGAUAGAGUAUAUAUUCACCCAAUCAAGGCCAUGAAAUUUGUUUCCCACUAAUUUUUCAAUGGCAAAGACUAUAUAUGCAUGCAGUUGAAUCAAAACUUGUUCAUCUAUGACCUAGAGAAAAUUGAAAAUUUAGAAAACUACUAAGUUAAAAUUGAACUCAAAUAAAGCUUUUCCUUCAGAUUAGUUUAGAUUCUUGAUGAAUUUAAUCUACUUUGUGUUGGUUCAUUAUCAAGAAUGACUAACUUGCUUCUUCUUGUCAAUCUGAAAGACUCAAUUAGUUCUUUUCCAGCUGCUUAAUAGGAGUUAGAGUUUGGAAUUGAUGAUGAUACUUUCAAAAAAUUAUAAGGUAGACUACCUCCUCACACCCCUCUAACUUUCACCAAGAUUGAAAACCAAAAUCUCUUCCAUUAUUUACCAGUAGGAGGAUUAGUAAAGAUGCUAUAGCCUGGUUUUAAUAAUUAGAUCAGCUUUAACUUUUAGAAGAGAAAUUACGUGUUUGAUUACAAAACUACAAACCUUGUCAAGGAUUUUGAAUGGACCAAAAUUAUUGCGAUAUAAAAUGAAGAUCUAAGAUACUCUGUUGAUAUAUUCCUCAACAUUUACACAUUCGAUUAAGCGUAUGAGUUUACAAAGAUAAAAAAGCUUUGUGAAUUUGAUGAGAGAUAUUAGUUGUCAAAUGCUGAUUUUACUAAGGAAAGACUAAUUUUAAAGUUGAAACAAGAAAGAUUCUGUAAAUAUAUCGUAAUUGAUGCUCAUAGCUUUGAGUUCUUAAAUGAAAUAAAUCACAUGAAUUUAGACUACACAGCUAUAGAUCCUGACAGGAAUUAUGGAAUUUUAUUUUCUUAAUCCUACAAAAAGAUAAUUAUCUAUGAUUUAAGAUCAUCAAAAAAUGACUUUGUAAAUCUAUAUAUUCCACAAUCUAAAGGGAAACCGAUCUAUUCUUCAAAUUUCAAAUCAAUCCAUAAUGAUACUAUUUUCUUUGAAAAUCCUAAAGAAUCAGAAGAAAUUCUCAUCCAGGAUUUAAAUGAAAACUUCCCAUAGAGAAUUGUUUAGUCAAGCAACUAUCUUAAUGCAGUAAAUUCUGUAAAAAGAGAUAUUAGCAUACUAGGACGUCCUGAAGAAUUUGUUUAGAGAGUCACUGAUUUCCCUCAAACUGAGGUAUUUGACCUUCUAUCUACUGAUACCAUUCUGUUUAAGGAAGGUGAGAAUAUUUAGCUAAAUGGUGAUAGAUUUAUAAAGCUACAAUCUGUUUUCAAAGAUAAUAAUGGCAUGGAAAUUGGCUAGAAUAAUUGUUGUAUUAUGUCAGAUAGAUUUAAUGGUCCUUCUUAUGUCCUUUGGAUACCAGAUAGAACGAAGAUAGUAUAUUUUAAUAAGAAUACUUAAGAAACAACUACUUAAAUAGCAACUGAGGAUAUGCCAAGGAUUGAAAAAUUUUUUAGAGCUUGGAUUGACUUCGAUUUGAACUUGCUGAUUCUUAACCUAGCCUCGUCUUUCAAAGCUUGUGUAUUUCUCAAUCUUACUACCUUGUAAGAAGAUGAAAAUUUAAAAUAUGCUUGCAGCAGCGGAUUAAUUUUUUCAAUUUACUUGGAAGAAAACUUGCUCUAGAUUAGUAAUCCUCACAUAAUUACUUUUAAUUUCUACAAAAAUCAAAUAGUCUGCAAGACUAUAAUAUUUAAGCAUCUAUCAAACGAUAAAUAUGAGGGUAAAGAUGGAUAUCAGGAGCAAAUUCAUUAGCCUACCCAUAUUGUACAUAAAAAAAAGGGAGCUUCUAGAGUUUAUUACAUUCAAGAAUUUAAUUCAAUCAAUAAAAUAAAAGAUUUCAAAAGCUAUAACUAACCAAUAGUUUAAUCCCUCUAUUUUUAACAUGCCUCUAAAAUAGAAAUUGAUGGAAAUUAGAUAAGAUUCUAUAUUAGAAAUGAAGAUAAGCCAGUAGGAUUCUUUACUAAUGUCAUUUUUCUAAAUGAUAUUAUAAACUACCAAAAGUUGAGCAAAUCAAAGAUUGAAGAAGCACUUGACAAGGUUAUGGAUAUUAAGAGUUAUAUUAAUCACAUAUCAGGGUUCGGAAAUUGCUUUAAUAUAUUCGAAAAUAACUUCAUCGCAUUGGAAUACAUUAUGAAAUAGCUAGGAAUUUAAGAUAAAGAGAGUCUUCCAAUAUUAAUUGCACCUCCAAUGUAUGGUAAACAAAACCCACUUGAUAUUGCAAUUUAAAACAGACAAUAAAAAGUCAUAAACCUAAUGAUGAGCGCUCUUACUAAAUACUAGGAUCAUAUUUUAUUCAAUGAGAUUGUUGAUAAAAAUCUUUGCAGCCUUAUUAAGGAGUAAAUUGACCUUGUGGAAUACUUUGAAUCUAGUAUGCCUAAAUAUCAAAUCUUCGACUCCAAAUUCCCUAUUUAGCAUUCUGAUGAAUCAAAUUUAAUAGUUGGGAUUAACUUAGAGAAUCCAAAGGAUAUUCAUGAUAAGUAUGAACAACUAUUUGCAGAUAAGCUAGAAGUGGGUAAGGGAGCUAAUGUUUCAAUUGAAUACUUCUUAGUCAACUUGCCUUAAUCAAUCAGGGGUUAGUCAACUGAAUUCAUGAAAACUCUCAAUGAAACUACCAAACUUGAAUAUUUUGAGCAUGAAACAAUCUAACAUAUCAUCAAUUUUAAAUGGGAUAAUCAUACUCAACAUUUCUAUAAGGUAAAGUUUUACAUCUACAUGCUUUUUAUGAUCUCAUUUAUUUUUGAGACUCUUUACUAAACUUAUAAUGGAAAGCUCUAGUACGAAUCCGAAGAAUAACCAAUUAAUGAUACUAGAGAAGAAUGGUUAAUUAUAGGUAGUAAGAGUUUAAGCUCAAUAGUUUUACUCUACUUCAUUGGUUAUGAAUUAACCUAAAUUAGAAACCAAAGACUAGAAUACUUCAAAGAAACUUGGAAUAUCUUUGACUUUUCUCACUUCCUUACUUAUAUUGCUCUCAGCAUCUUGGAAUUCUAGGAUGUAGAAAAAGAUAUUCUUAUCAUUGGCUACAUCAGUAUACGAUGA